UAACCAUAACUGUGAUAAUAGCAUAACAUAUUUUAUUUUUAUUUUGAAUAGUAUGCUCACUCGGAACAUUUAGGAUGGGAUCACAUAUGAGGAAAUGAAUGAAGUGAGCACAUGGGUUGGUUGGGUUGGUAAUAGCUUGCUUUUAGAUUCGGCUGCGCACAUACAAACGACUCUACGGUAAUGCGGCGUCGUUGCCAUAACAACUCGAAUUUCACCGUCUGCUUUUCCGUGUUGGAAGAGGGGCUGCAGCCGAAGUACAGAGAAAGAGCUAUUUGUCUGGAAAAUGACCGAAACAACCCGUCUGUCUCGACAAACGUUUUUCAUAUAAGGCUGUUCCCGCCACGUUGAGACCUUUAUCAGGAUUAUCUGCCGUGAAAUAACGGCAUCGAUAAUGAUGGAAGCCCCUCUGGAAGAAGAGAGACCUACAGGUGCCUCGGUGGGAAUUGAAGGCGCAGACCACGGACAGGAGCUGAAAGUGUCUGAAGAAGCUGUCUCAUUCAUGUCCAGCAUAGAGCCUGAAGAGCUGCAGAGGUGUGUGUUUGCAGACUCUCUGGUGACUGUAUCAGAGGGAGGCAGAGACCUGGGGAAGUUCUCAGUUACAGUGGAGUUUGCACACAGGGGCCAGCAGCCCUGUAUGUUGUUGCAUGCUCAGAGCCAGGGGACCAUUGAUGAUAACCCCUGUGGAACAACAGUGACAGCCUACCUGAGUACAGAGCUCGAGGUACUGGAGGAAGAGUACCAUGAGUUUGUCAAGCUCGAGGGCAAGAGUUUGGACAAGAGGUGUCACAUGGUGCAACGUGACAGCCAUAUGGUGAUCGAUAAAGUUACCACUGUAGGAGAGGAGGUGACAAAGGAGAGUGUUUCCUAUCCCAUGUCAGUCCUCAGAGGUCUGGUAACUGAGGGUUCAAACUUGCUCUUGAUGCGUCUGAUUGCUCUGAGGAAGAAAGUGCCAGAAAACAUGAACUUUAUGUCUUUGGACCAAGGACUGCACAUCAUCAACACCACUUUUAGCGAGCUGGGGCUGAAGCAGCUGGAUGUUGGAGGUGAGACGGUGGAGGUGUUUGGGUUGGAGAGGACAGUUCACUCUGUGGAGGAUAGCCCAACAACCUGGCAGAGCUACUUCUUGGGUGAUGGGCACUUGGCCAGCAGAGUGCAGGUGGGAUCACCGGUCACCAUGAGGCUUCUGCAGCUGCCAUCACAGCUACAAAGAGGUUUUGAGAAGAUCCCGUUGGUUUGGGAAGAAGACAUGCAGAUGUGCUCCAAGUUUUUGGACAGAAAGGAGGAGCUGAAAGCCAACCACACCUCAUACCUCAGACAGCAUCCAGAGAUCCGGGCGCUCAUAUCUGACUUCCUGCAGUUCUUGCUGCUGAGGAAACCCGAUGAUGUCGUCCAGUUUGCCAGAGAGUACUUUCUCCCUUUUGCCUCCAGUCAUUCUCCAGAAGCGAGCCUAAAACCACUGUCGCUCUGAAGCAAACCAAGGCCAGCACAGCACCUGUUCAAAACACCAUUGAAUAGAUUCCUGUCGAUUUCUCAUUUUCACUCCAGACUAAGUUUGACAUUUGCAUUUGUUCUUUGUUCUUUGCUCUUUGCUCUUUUUCCCCCCUGCAGUGAUAGAUAACUAUUGGUCUAAAAGUUAACACGGAGGAGAUGAACUGUCACUUUUACACCUAGUUAACUUAAAAUUAACUUUAUAGAUCUGAAUAAAGUUUAUUGAUAUA